GGCUAAAGGGCAGCGUAGGAUGUUGCUGCCAGCCUACCUGAUGUAAAGGUGUUGAAAUAACAAUAAAAAAAACAGCGUUACUACCACACAAACCACCCUCGUCGUACAGCCUGUCUGUGUCGAGACUUUUCUUUGAGAGACCUGGGGAUAUUUGAUACUUUGGUUAGUGAUAAUCUCGCUAAGCUGCCUGAUGUCGGGAUAUCUGUGCAGAUGUUAACUUUGCUAUAGUUAGUGUUAGUAUUUACUAAAUUGAGCAGCAGAAGCAGCGACAACAACAGCAGAAGUAGAAGCUGAAGAUGAGUGUACGGUAGAGGAGGGAAGUGAUCCUAUUCUGUUCGUGAUGAUAGAUCGUAAAAUAAGACUCGCUACAGGGAAGCAGGUGCUGUUACUGGUACCCAAUUCCGGAAUGGAUGUCCCUUUCGCAUGCAAGGGGCAUGGUCUCUCAGACUCCCUGUCACCUACCCUCAGGUGAAGAUCAUAUAACUUUGGAUAUAUGAAGAUGAGUGUUCCUGGAAGCCACGCCAGUGAGCCUGAAGUUAAUUCAAGCUCAGAGUGUGACAAUGACAGUCCACACGCCAGCACUGCAACAAUCCAACACCCUGGGUUCACUGUCCUCAGUCAUCCUCCAUGCAGUCCCGAUUUGACCAUAUCCAGUUGUCAUCUGUUUCCAAAACUUAAAGAACACCUUCAUGGGCUUCACUUGGACAAUGAUGAAGCAGUACAAACAGAGCUGAGGUUUUGGGUCCAUCGACGAAGUCAAACAUUCUACACUGAUGGUAUCAACAAACUGGUCUCUCAUUGGGAGAAAUGACACAAAGGAUGAAGAGUCAACAGAUAAUGCUGAUGAGAGUUCGUCAUCCUCUGAAGAAGAAUUGAAACCUAUCAGUUCCUUUAUCAAUAACAGAAGGAAGAUGUUGGAAGUAGCAUUCUCCGCAGUCAGUGAAGAUAAAUUAAAAGCAAUUGUUCCUCCUUUUCUCAAGGAUGCUACACUUGAUGAAUUGAAGAUAAUCUGCUAUGAAGAGCUUUGUAGUCUUACAGAUGAAGCUUUAAAGUCAAUUUUGGAAGGUAAUAAUUGGGAUGAAUCAUCAAGUUCAGAGGAUGAGAAAACCACAAGCAGUACGGAAAUCAGCAGCCAUGAACCGAGAACAGUUUGUGGAUUGGAGGCUUUUGACUGGGAAGACACUAUCACUAGCACCGAUUCGAGGAAUAAAGACAUCCUAGAAAUAGGAAUCUCUGAGGAGGAAGUGAGUCAUCUGCUUAAAGAAAUUCCAAAUUCUCUACAUACUUCAAAGGAUACUCGGGCUACGCCUUCACCAUCACAUAGUGUAGCAUCAGUUAGUGGCAAAAAACAUGAUAUGUCAGAUGAUGUCUCAACAAUUGACAAGGAUGCCUUAAAUAUUGUGGAAGUUGACUCGGAUGCCCCUGGUGGGGAUUCGUUGGAGCUUGUGGAGCUCGAACAUCGAGCUCGUUCAAUUCGGUCAUUGAUAAUGCAGUGUGAUGCUGAAAGAGAGAAUGUAUCUGAAGUUAGUGACAAGUCCGCAGGAAUUGGUUCAACUGAAUUUGGCAAUAGAAAAGACAAUAUUUUAGAUGGUAUGACUGUGACCCAGAAGCAUCAAGAAUUAGAUCCUCUUUUCUUGGUAUGUGCACCUGGAUCUAAAGUGGUCCUAACAUCAUGUAAGAAAAGCAGAACAGAUUUAAACUGUAAAAGUAAACUUACAGUAUAUGAGAGACUUGGUCACAAUGCAGUGCUUGUAUCUGGUGAUUACACAGUUUUGGAAUCUAAAAUUCCAGAAAACAGUUCAACAGGAGUGGCACAUGGAAAUGGGAAAGGUGGUGAUAAUGAAACAGUUGGGUGUGACAGUUGCCUUCCUAGCACUCCAGAAUCAUCAUGUAUUCAUAACUCUACAGGAGUAGAAUCUGUCUUCCAUAAUACAGGUCCAUUGCAAAUAACUAUUAGUGCACUAAAUGGUGGCUCACUGUCUAGGAAAGAUCUGCAAACAAAUUCACAAUCAGCAGAAAAAGUGAAAGAAAAGAAUAUCCAUAAAGUAGUGGAAACCAGUAAAAUGUGUACAAAACUGCGUGAAAGAAUUAAACGCACGCAACAACUUAAAAAAUGUAAAGAAGAUAAUAUUAAAGCAGAAACCAUAAUACUAGGAACAGUUGAGGAAUACAAGUCAUUAAAUACAAAAUAACAUCAGAAUUAUAUUGUGAAAAUAUUAAUUUUAUGUGAAUUUGUGUUAUACGUCUUGAAUCGGAUAAAUCAGUAAAAUUACCUAUGUUAUAAUUUAAUGCCACUUCAUAAUAAAUAGCCUCUUCAAAUCAA